AUGGCGGAAAAUGUCUUAUCCUGGAUCUUAGACAAGGGUGCCAGUAUCCUGUCAGACGACAAAGAAGACAAGUCCGACGUCUUACUAAACGCAAUUAAAGAUGGCGACCUCAACAUUGUUACUAUACUCAUCGGCGUUGUUUCAGACAUGAACAAAAUGAAAUUUGAAGGAGAGUCGCUUCUGAGCGUAGCAGUUUCCAGUGGACACGCUAGUAUAGUAAAACUCGUUGUCAGCAAAGGAGCAGAUGUUGAGGGCAUUGAUGAUGAUGGUCUGACGCCGUUGCAUGUAGCUUGCAGAGAGGGUCAUCUCGAGAUUGUUCAGUUUCUCUUCGCUAAAGGAGGGGAUAUCAAUCGACAAACCUUCGACGGGAUGACCCCACUUGCAAUGGCGACCAAACGAGGCCAUGUUGAGGUUCUGAAGUACCUUAUCAGCAAAGGUGUGGAGAUUGAGAGGUCCGACAAAAAAGGCUGCCCACCACUCAUCUGGGCGUGUUGCCGAGGGCAUCUAUCCACGGUUAACUAUCUCCUUCAUGUGGGUGCAGAUGUCAAUGCCGCCGAAAAACGCGGCUGGACAGCCCUGCAUUUUUCCAUCUAUUACGAUAGUCUUGAUGUCAUCAAGAGUCUUUUAUCUGCAGGAGCUGAUCUCAACUGGUUAGAUAAAGACGGGACAACGCCACUUCAUGUUGCCUGCUACAACUAUCGCACUCAAAUUCUGAAGUAUCUGCUGAGCAAAGGAGCUGAUCUUCAGAAGGCAGAGCUUGAUGGUACAACUUCACUUCAUUCCGGGUCUGCUAAAGGACAUUAUAAUGUUGGUGGAGAGCUCGUGAACAGACCAGAUGCAAGAGGUGAAACACCCCUUCAUGUCGCCACCUCUAAUGGAUUCACGUCGAUCAUUGAUAUCCUUGUUUCUCGAGGAGGAAGUCACCAAAGAACUUUCAAAGUAAAGAGCCAACAGAGAGCCAUGCACUCGGAGGACGCCAACUUGGAGGUGCUUCAAAUGAUGCUGACGGCAGAGAAGAUAGCAAGGUAG